GCUGCACGUGGAAAAUGGCGAGCAGCAGCAAGGAGUUGGACUUGGGAGGGCUCAUACUGCAGGUCCUGGAAGAAAAGGGGCAGUUGGACUCUUUUGACUUUUCCAGAGAGGCGGGGAGAGAACAUCAGACUGUAGUGGGAGCCAUAAAGAGCCUCCAGUCGGUGGGAAACGUGGUGAGCACCGAGCAGAGACAGUUUGAGAGCUGGGUACUGACUGGGGAGGGGCAGGAGGUGGUGGAGAAUGGAAGUCAUGAGGCCAGAGUGUACAACGCAGUGACCUCCGAUGGCGGCUCUCUUCAGUCGGAAAUCAUGGUUGAUCUCUCUCUCUCUCUCUCUCUCUCUCUCUCUCUAUAGUUAGCUAACAUUUAUUAUUUCUUAUAUGCAAUUGGAAUAUGAAGACAUUUCUCUAAACCCUAAAGUCAAUGUUCAACAUAAAAUUUCCCCUCUCCUUCCAAUUCCAGACAGUAUCCCCAAUGCCAAGGUAGGAUUCAGCAAGGCCAUGUCGGCCGGCUGGCUGAGGAUAGACAAGUCGGCGCCGGGCGGAGCAAGGGUGUUUCGCAAGACCGACGCCAUCCGAGACAACGUGCAGGAGUCUCUGAAGCAGCUGGCAGCGGAGGAGAACUGAGCGAGGAACAACUGAAGGAACUCAAAAAGAGGAAGCUGAUAAGCAACGUUGUGACGAAAUGUCUGGUGGUGAGCAAGGGGUCAGAGUUCACUACUCAGAUAGGGAAACAAGAAGUGGACCUCACUCCAGAAAUGAUUACCUCAGGUUCUUGGAGGACCAAGUCGUUCAAAUCCUACAACUUCAAAGCUCUGGGCGUACCCCCAGCGGCCGGCCACCUCCACCCUCUCAUGAAAGUCCGCUCAGAGUAUCGCCAGAUCUUCCUCGAAAUGGGGUUCACAGAGAUGCCCACCAAUAACUUUGUCGAGAGCUCAUUCUGGAAUUUCGAUGCUCUGUUCCAGCCUCAGCAGCACCCGGCACGGGACGCACACGACACCUUCUUCCUCAAAGACCCCAUGUACUCCCACACGUUCCCGAUGGAGUACCUGCAGAGAGUCAAGCGGACCCACGAGAGAGGUGGCUACGGCUCCACUGGUUACCAGUACUCCUGGAAGUACGAAGAGGCCCAGAAAAACCUCCUCCGGACACACACCACUGCCGUCUCUGCCAGAAUGCUCUACCAACUCGGCCAACAGGAGGAGUUCACUCCGGUCAAGUGGUUCUCAAUUGACCGCGUGUUUCGCAACGAGACGCUGGACGCCACUCACCUGGCAGAGUUCCACCAGAUAGAGGGAGUGGUGGCCGACUAUAACCUCACCCUCGGCCACCUCAUGGGCAUGCUCUACGAGUUCUUCAAGAAACUCGGUAUUGAGAAGCUACGGUUCAAGCCAGCCUACAACCCAUAUACAGAGCCAAGUAUGGAGGUCUUCAGCUACCACGAAGGUCUGGGUAAGUGGGUGGAGGUGGGUAACUCGGGUAUGUUCAGACCAGAGAUGCUGCUGCCUAUGGGUCUGCCCAGGGAGGUGUCGGUCAUUGCCUGGGGAGUCUCUCUUGAGAGACCAACAAUGAUCAAGUAUCGCUCUGAACAACAUUCGAGAGUUGGUAGGUCACAAGGUCGAUCUGCAAAUGGUCCACGAUAAUCCUCUCUGUCGAUUGGACAAAUGACAUCAUCAUCACAACUAACAGGUCACAUGACUAAUAUUAAUCAUACUAUGAAUCAUUCAGAUAUUUGUAUGUGUUUCAGAACAUUGACACUUAUUUUAUAGAAAUUUCAUGAAUGUUGUAAUAAUACACCUUGGAUCAUUAAAAAAAAUUUAAGGUGAAAGUAAAAAAGGUCAGCUGAAAUACAUACUGCAUAGAAAACAAUCAGUGCACACUUCUGCAGUUGCAUGUCGACGAAGAUGAGUUUAUUAU